AUGGCUAUGCCUAGUGAUUUAUACCUGCACUACUACGUAGAGCACAAGGGCAAGUUUGGGCACGAGUUUCUGGAGUCUGAAUUUCAGCCAGACGGAAAGCUUAGAUAUGCCAACAAUUACAAAAAUGAUGUCAUGAUCAGAAAAGAGGUUUAUAUGCACAAGAGUUUAAUGGAAGAACUGAAGAGAAUUAUUGAUGACAGUGAAAUCAGAAAAGAAGAUGAUGCUUUGUGGCCUCCCCCUGACAGAGCUGGCCAACGUGAGCUUGGAGAUAAGCACAUAUCUUUUGCCACAUCAAAAAUAGGUUCUCUUAUUGACGUAAAUCAGUCAAAGGAUCCUGAAGGCCUUCGAGUAUUUUACUAUUUGGUACAAGACUUGAAAUGUUUAGUUUUCAGUCUCAUUGGAUUAUACUUCAAGAUUAAACCAAUUUAA